AUGGAAGAUCUGUCGUAUACUAACUCAUUCUUACGGAAGACGCUUCCCGGAUUUUCCAUUAGAUUUGCAUCCCCGGAGGCGGUGAAGACCGUCUGGAACGAUUCGGCGCCGGUGACCAGGGACGAGGAAGUAAAACUGCCGCCCCACGAGCAACCAGACAUGAUAGUCGCGGGAAACGAGCCUUCAUUAAGCUUACCUAAACCAUUGAAUAACCAAGAGAAACAUGAAUUACUAGCUGUUUUCCUGCACCUCGCCCACGUAGAUUAUAGCAUAUGA